CUCCUCUUGCGUCAGACUACUGAAGGAUCGCUGACGCUUUUUUCUCCUACGGGACGUGAAGACAGGGUCGUCUCACUCUGCGGCAACAAUGGCUACUAUCUGUCAGAUAUGGAGACCGGACCGAGGACGGUGCUUCAAAACCUACGGAAUUGUUCUCGUGUUGUUUAUGGACCUGGUCUUACAGUGUGUCAACGGAUACAUGAGCUCUCAUAUUGGCCAGGAGCUCCCCUACGCUAGAGAUGCCCAGCGUGGCUCUGUCAUCACCAGCCCAGAGGUCCCUGCUCCAGCCUCAGCCUCUCCUGCAGAUAAAAAGAGCAACACUUCAACCUGUCCUAGUGGGGGAUUGUGCAGUCGCUUGCCAGCUGAAUGCAUUAACUGCAGUUACCACCACAACUGCACAUACGGGAAACCAGCUUCCUUCACCUGUAGACCCAACAAAGGAGUUCACUGUAUAGGAGAGUCAGGACAGCAACAAACCAACUUCUCUCUCUCCAUCGUGUGUCAGUUCUGCUGGCAGCUGGAUCCUUCCCAGUACAAAUGCAAAGACUCUACUAACUGUAUGACAGUGUCCUGCCCACGCAAGCGAUACAACACCACCUGUGACGUGUUAGGUCAUGUACAUUGUAUAGGUAACAGACGUUUUAAUAAACGUUUAUUUUGCAACUGGACUGGAGGAUACAAAUGGUCAACAGCACUAGCACUCAGCAUUACACUUGGUGGUUUUGGAGCAGAUCGAUUUUAUCUGGGCCAGUGGAGAGAGGGUCUGGGCAAGCUGUUCAGUUUUGGAGGCCUGGGCAUUUGGACUUUGAUAGAUGUUCUUCUGAUAGGGGUUGGUUAUGUGGGACCUGCUGACGGUUCGCUCUACAUUUGAAACAAAGCUCUGGAGACAUGGCUGGAUGGUUUGCACCCUGUUCUGCUUCACUCUCAAAGAAUGAAGAUCUGAGAUGCCGUGUUCUUAGCACGUUUGCCCAUCUAAGCCUGUUGUGCAACACAUCCCCAUCCCAUCUGCUAGAAAGGAAGUUUUUUCUUCAUCACACCAAGGAUGACUCUACCCACACAACCACCAGAUCAAUCCCAAUCAUUCUGCGUCCGUCUCCUGUUGAGAUUCUGCAGAUGGAGCUGUGCAGGGGGAUGAGGAGCCAGUAAUUAUGUCUAUCGGGUCAGUUUGACUUAACUGAUGGUUAGGCUCUGUCAUGCUGAUAUAUAGAUAUGUUUGGUUUCCUGUGGAGCUGUGCUUUCACAGACAUCCUGUCACCUUGGAGCCAUGUGUUGCUCUUCCCUUAUGGCAAGGUAAAUGCAUCAGUGGGGGUCAAAUGGUAACCAUGGCUACAGAGCUUUUAUGG